AUGGCCCUCAUCGCACUACAGCCUACACUCACUUUGCUCCAUAGUUUUGCAGAUCGAGAUACUUUUGCACGAUUUGCUGGGAUUGGUGUCGGACACGAGGUCCAGUACACAUCUUCGGCAAUCAGGCAACAUUCCAGCAAGUAUCGGGAUGACUCUUUCAGCUGCGGAGAUGAAUCAUCAGACGAGGAAGACACUGUCGAGGAUGGAGAUGCCAAGGAAGGUGAUGUUCAGGAAGGCGAUGUUCAGGAAGAUGAUGGCGAAAGUGAUGGCGGCGAGGACAGUAACAGUACUGAUGAUGAGCCUGAAGAGUCAGACUCGGACGGGGAGGAGGAUGCAGUGAUGACGACGACAACCUAUACAGAUUUUAAUGCAUAG